CUGAACAUUUUAAAAGGUAUCUGAAAUUAGUUUUCAGUUCUGAUGACACCAUGCUCUUUAACAACAAUCGAACUAAUGUUUGGAAUAAUUAAAAGGUGAAUAGAGUUUCAGAAAGCCUUUUCUUCUAAGCAACUGUACAAAAGCCCUUACUAUUUCACUUAAAUUUAAGCUAUAUGUGAAAAUUGGUUUUGGUACUUUAGAUUAAUAUAAAGACUGGAUUUAGUGUUUGAUAACAUAGACAAUACACUAAAGAAAGCAGAUUCUAGCAUUAAAACAAAUAUUGCUGACAGCUUGGUUUUUCCUAAACAGGAAUAUUAAUGAUUAAAAGUCCUAUUACCUUUUGAAUUUUCAAUUCCAGUUUUUCUUUAUUUUGUCUUUAGAAUCUCAAUACUUCUGUAAUUCAAAGAUUGUUAUUAAAUACAUUAGUGCAAAUCAUAAAGCUAACCAUCACUUAAGAAGUAGGAGAUGGUAACCAAGAAAAUGUUUUCUUUAUAGAAAGACUGGUAAUUUCUAUAGUAAUGAAAGUAGUAACUUAGUUGAAUACAUUGUUAGAUGUGCAAUGUAAACCUGAAGGAGAUAUAUGGUUGUUGUGGAAAAGUAACUGAGUUUUAGGGAAUUCUCUUGUAGAUUAUACAGAUAGCCGAUAUGGAUGUGUAAUGUGUGAGUACACAGUAUACAGAAUCAACUUUGGAUAGGGUAUUUAAAUCAACUUAUAAGACUUGAUAGAUAACAGGAAAAGAUUGAUUUAUAAUCAGAAUGUUGUUUAUCAUAUGUAUAUAUAUUCCCUGAAUUAAAUAACAUUGUGAACUUGUGGAUUUCUUGGAUGAGUUAGUGGAGUUUUGUUAUCUAAGUAGCGGUUGUAGUGAAUUUAAUGAAUAUAUUGGUUAAGUUUUGAAGAGCAUAAAAUGAAAGAUCUUUUAGCUUGUUUCUCAAGAAAAGACAACUAUUUGUUGUAUAAUGUUUUUGAAUGUACACUUGUUGACUUCUACAAAAGGUUCAGUACAAGUAAAAUGAAAAAGCACUCAGCAUCAUAAGUGUCAUUGAUUAAUGAAAGAUUGAUGUAAAUUUGGACAAAUGCAUAGGAAUGAUGCAUGCUGGCAUGAAAAUGUUCUUUAGUUAUUGCAUGAGAGUGCUUUCAGAUGUAGGUAAUGGAAAGUUUGGGAAGUAGUCAAAUCAUAAUUUAAAUAUUGAGUUUCGCAAAUGACAUCAUAAAAUUGACAUGCUGUAUAUUGAUCACUUCAGCAUAACCCAAGGUAAUGUGGAAAAACAAGUCCUAACAGAUGAUGGUGCUUCAAAAUUACAAAGUGGUUUGGCUGAGGAAGUAGAUGAGAAAGUGUUACAAGCUGCAUUCAUUCCAUUUGGUGAUAUUGUUUACAUUCAGAUCCCUCUUGAUUAUGAAACUGGAUGCUGCUGCAGCCAUUGAUAACAUGAAUGACUCAGAGCUGUUUGGUCGCACCAUUCGCGUUAACCUUGCUAAGCCAAUGAAGAUCAAAGAAGGUUCAAUGAAACCUGUUUGGUCUGAUGACAACUGGUUACGAGAGCAUGCUGGUGAAACUGUAGCAAAACCAGAUGAGACUGUGGAUGACGACACAGAACAGACAGCUGUGAAAACAGACUCGACGAACGACGAACCAGUGAAGAAAAAGCCCAAAGUUAAUCCACAAGUCUUCUUUGACAUCCGGAUUGGUACCAAGAAUAUUGGUCGGAUAGUGAUGGAGCUCCGAGCUGAUGUUGUUCCCAAAACUGCAGAGAACUUUCGUUGCCUUUGUACCCAUGACAGAGGCUUUGGUUAUAAAGGAAGCACAUUGCAUCGAAUCAUUCCACAGUUUAUGUGUCAAGGAGGUGACUUUACGAGGCACAACGGAACAGGAGGAAAAUCAAUUUAUGGAAAUAAAUUUGAUGAUGAAAAUUUUGUCUUAAAACAUACAGGAGCUGGUACAUUAUCAAUGGCUAACAGUGGACCCAACACCAAUGGUUCACAGUUUUUCAUUUGCACAGAAAAAACUGAUUGGCUGGACAAUAAACAUGUAGCAUUUGGUAAAGUAAUUGAAGGAAUGGAUGUUGUUCGAAGAAUGGAGAGUUUUGGUUCUAAGUCAGGGAAAACUUCUGAGAAAGUAACAAUAUCAAAUUGUGGAGAACUUUGUUGCUGAACCAAAAUUUGGGUAAAAUAACCCAAAUGAAUGAGGGAACACACUGGCUGCUCUGAAUUUUCAUUUUCUAAAAUUGUGUUUAUUUAUAUAUAAAUAAAUAAAAGAAAAAGGUGUUUUGAAUCUCUUUAAUGGAGGAAACUUAAAAUGGCACAUUAAGAGUGUAUUCUAUCAA